AUGACAGCUUUCCGGACUCGGAUCUGUGUCAGACGCUCUACUGAAGAACCGUGCGGCCAACGCAACUAUCCAAGGAUCGUUGAGCAACUGGUGGAAUUGGCCCUGAGCACGUUCGGCCAGAGAUGGCUGCCUACUGCUAUUCAGAUUUAUGGGAGGUUACAGGAGCUACAAGACUCCAACUGCCUGGACCUAUUUGAGUCAGAUACUUGGAGACGAAGCUAUGCUCGCCAUACAAACAAACAUCUUAAGAUCUGGACGGCGUGGGAGGCCGUCAACUACAGAAGGAAUACGCCAAAGAUCUGGAAUGGCCAACUGGUGGUAAGGGUUCGCGGAGCAAGAAACAAAGGAAUGAGGGCUCUCUAG